AUGUAUCCACUCCUUGUGACUUAUAAUACCGGAUAAAAGUAUAUUGUUCUUCGAUAUUACUAUUCUUUUUGCCUCAUUUCAAACAUCACUAAAACUCUCAAGCAAAACAACUACCCAACGAACUUCACCAACAAAAUCAACAAAGACAUUAAGUAUGGCCGAAAAUGCAUUCCGAAAACAUGGACUUCAACAGUCGUCAUUCCAUAUAGAGCAGAGACGUCAGACGAUAUCAGAAGAGUACUUAAUCAACUCGACAUUAGAGUUUUCUUCAAAACAUCGGACACACUUCAAAACAACCUUGUCCAUAUAAAAGACCAAAUCCCGAAAGAUUCUC